AGAGUUGACAUCCUGCUGCCAGGAGGUGAUGGUCUCCUCCUCCUCUCUCCUCCUCUCUCCUCCUCCUCUGGGCUCACCUGCUCCUCUCUCGCGCCUCCGGACACGCUCACGAUGUUCACGUUUUGUUUGUUUGUUUUCCGCGGUUCGGCUCGGUGCAUCAAACUGCGUCUUCACCGGGACGACUGAGUGAUUCCUCUAACACCUCCCAGGACAUGCAGCGCCGGGCUGCGUGCGCUGAAGCACCGGAGCGCCUCAGCUGUUCCUCCUAACGAUGAUCUGACUGGCUGCAAAGCGACACGAACACAAGUCACCUGGCGUCGCCGUCUCAUUGACUGUCCGCGCUGCACAUGAUGCACAACGAGCUACAAACUGAUCCAGGCGGGCUGUCGGUGCUCCAGCAGCUCGGUCUGGACCAAAACUCUGACUUCUCCGACUCCAGCGUGCAGCAGCGCCUGGACGAACACCGCGAGAGGAUCCGCAGGGAGAUCCGCAAGGAGCUGAAGAUCAAGGAGGGUGCAGAGAAUCUCCGCAGGGCCACCACCGACAAGAGGAAUGCCCAGCAGGUGGACUCGCAGCUCCGCAGCUCCAAGCGCAAGCUGGAGUCCCUCCACACUCAGCUGCAGGAGCUGGACGCACACAUCGUGGUCAAAGGCCCCGAUGACAACAAAGAUACCCCCAAGUCUCCGGGCUCGGUUAGUCGGACAUCGGCCAGCCAGCACCGCAUCGCAGCUUUGGAGCGGCAGCUAAACAUUGAGCUAAAGGUCAAACAGGGAGCAGAGAACAUGAUCCCAAUCUAUGCCAAUGGAGGCACCAAGGACAAGAAGCUUCUCCAGACGGCUCAGCAGAUGCUGCAGGACAGCAAAACAAAGAUCGACAUCAUCCGCAUGCAGAUCCGAAAGGCCAUGCAGGCCACGGAGCAGUCCGAGGACAACCAAUGUAAGCCAGACCUAUUUGGGGUGGAGCUGCGUGUAGAGGAGCUGUGGCAUCAUUACCGCGUGGAGCACGCCAUGGCCGAGGGGGCCAAGAACAUGCUGCGACUGCUGGGUGCAGGAAAGGUCCAAGACAAGAAGGCCAUGGCUGAGGCUCAGUGUGGUCUGAGUGAGUCGUCCCAGCGUCUGGACCUGCUCAGGUGUUCUCUGGAGCAGAGGCUGGUGGAGCUCCCUGAGGAUCAUCCCAAAGCCUGCCUCAUCAAGGAGGAGCUGGUGCUGGCUUCCUCCUCGGCCUUCAGCUCCCGCCACAGCACCCCCUACGUCCACAACCAAUACAGCACCCUGAGCAAACCAUCACCACUCACAGGUACUCUUCAGGUGCAUCUUCUGGGCUGUGUGGGGCUGCUGGAGGUUGUGCCCGGGCGGAGCAGAGGGACUCCGGUGGUUCUUCCCUCUCACUCUCCGGGAGAUGGACGCUCUUCAUUCAAACUGAGCGGCCUCUAUAGCCGCAGCACCAGCAGCAUGAGCCUCAAGAUCCCCGGCAAGACCGAGGAGUUAUCCACGGAGGUGAGCGCUGUGCUGAAGCUGGAGAACACAGUGGUUGGUCAGUCAGUUUGGAAAACAGUCGGAGAGCAGGCCUGGGACCAGACCUUCACCGUGGAGCUGGAGAGAUCCAGGGAGAUGGAGAUUGCAGUGUACUGGAGAGAUUACCGCUCGCUGUGCGCUCUGAAGUACCUGAAGCUGGAAGAGUUCCUGGACAACCAAAGGCACCGAGUCCAGUUGGAACUAGAGCCGCAGGGACUGCUGCUGGCUGAGGUGACUUUCUUCAACCCGGUAAUAGAGAGAGGCCGAAGACUCCAGAGGCAGAAGAAAGUCUUCUCCAAACAGCACGGUAAAGCCUUCCUGCGUGCUCGUCAGAUGAACGUGGACAUCGCUACCUGGGUCCGCCUGUUGAGGAACGCCAUCCCCAGUGGAAGCAACACACCCGCCUACGCACCCAGUUUCACGAGCAACACACUCACACACAGUACGGGAGAAAUCUCCGUGGAGAAGCUGAAUCUGGACAGCGACUCUCCACCCAAACCUGAAAUCAGAAGAGAUGUGGUGGAUGCACCGGCUCCCUUGGAACAGACGCCGGUCAUUGAGCCCCCGUCCACGCCGGAUGUCCCAGUUCAUGAGCAGCCAACCAGAUCGCUGUCCCAGAACUCUUUACGCAGGCCCAGCAGAGGCCCUCUUUGCCUGCAGGACUUCAAGAUGAUAGCGGUGCUCGGCAGAGGUCACUUUGGGAAGGUGUUGCUGUCAGAGUACAAAAAGACCGGCAGCCUGUACGCCAUCAAAGCCCUGAAGAAGGGGGACAUCGUUGCGAGGGACGAAGUGGAAAGUCUGAUGUGCGAGAAGCGGAUCUUUGAGACCGUCAACGGCUCCCACCACCCCUUCCUGGUCAACCUGUUUGCGUGUUUCCAGACGCCGGAACACGUGUGUUUUGUCAUGGAGUACACGGCAGGAGGAGACCUCAUGAUGCACAUACAUGCCGACGUGUUUUCUGAGCCGCGUGCUGUAUUCUACUCAGCUUGUGUGGUGUUGGGUCUGCAGUUCCUCCAUGACCACAAGAUUGUGUAUCGGGAUCUUAAAUUGGACAACCUGCUGCUCGACACAGGCGGUUUUGUGAAGAUCGCAGACUUUGGGCUCUGUAAAGAAGGCAUGGGUUACGGGGAUAGGACGAGCACAUUCUGUGGGACUCCAGAGUUUCUGGCCCCGGAGGUGCUGACGGACACGUCAUACACCCGGGCAGUCGACUGGUGGGGGCUCGGGGUGCUCAUCUAUGAGAUGUUGGUCGGUGAGUCUCCGUUCCCAGGUGACGAUGAGGAGGAGGUUUUCGACAGCAUAGUGAACGAUGAAGUGCGAUACCCUCGCUUCCUCUCCACCGAGGCCAUCGGCAUCAUGAGACGGUUGUUGAGAAGGAAUCCCGAAAGACGUCUCGGCUCUGGAGAAAAAGAUGCCGAAGAUGUGAAAAAACAACCUUUCUUCAGGAGUAUGGACUGGGAGGCGCUUCUCCAGAGAAAAAUCCCGCCGCCGUUCGUCCCGACCAUCGGAAGCAAAGAAGACGUCAGCAACUUCGACGUGGAGUUCACCGCUGAGCUUCCUGCUCUCACGCCGCCCCGAGAGCGCCGCACCCUCUCCCGCAAGGAACAGGACUACUUCAAGCACUUUGACUAUGUCUCCGACCUCUGCUAGGGUCAGAGAGGUCACAGGGUUUUUAAGCUGCCCACUGCCAGCCACAGACUCUGAAAUGAGACUGGAAAAGUGAAGGCUGACUCUUUGUCCCGAAAAAACAGGGAGGCGAUGAGAGGCGAGGAUCGCUCUUAGCUCCGUCCUCUCUGUGUUGUGUUGUGUUGACUUUUGCGAUGGGACUAAAGACCGGCUUAGGCCGAGCAUGUGUGGACGGGGAUCAGUGUGUCACGGAUGUGCCGACCUCUAGAGGUCACCACAUCCGUGACACUGCAUGGCUUUUAAAAGAGGAGGAGGAGGUGGAAGUGGUGGCGAUAAAAUAAUCCAGAUUAUGUAAGAAAUGGAAAAUGAGAUGAUGGAUCCUGAUGUCUACCCUGCCUGGCAACACGUAUUAUCUGACAGGAAGGCAUUUGUCUGUUUUCGUCCUGCACUUGCUCUCGUCUCGUGUCCUUGUGUGUGUUUUUCCCGCUGUGUUCAGUGUCUCUGCCUCAAGUCAUGAACGUUUCCUCAUGCACCACCUGUCCAUGAACACAUGAGGGAGCCAGAAGGAGGAGAAUAUCCUGCUGACGUCUGAUGUGUCCAAAAAACAAAAAAAAAGCAGAGCAAGUGUGGGAUUUUAUCAGAGAGAGGGAGGUGACCUUCGUCAUCAUCGUCUUCUCUUUCCGCUGUCUUUCGGUACAACAACAGAUUUUUAACUACAAUCAUUUUUCAAUGACGGAAGGCUUUUACAAAUUUUGUUCUUUUUCUUUUUGUGAUUUAUAGUUUUGUUUUUUUCCCCUCAUCUGUGUUUCUUCUUCUGUCAUUUGCUGGUGAAAUGUGUCAGAACUGUGACUCAGUAAAGAUGUGAACCCAACACAGAA